GCAGGGACUAGUCGUCAGUCGUACUCGGCAAUGCGGGAGGAAGGUAUCGAAGGAAGGUAUGGACGGUGGCGAUACGGAGAUUGUGGACUUGGAUUUUGGCUUGUCAAGCGGGACAGCUGGAGUGGGUGCGAACACUUGUGCAUCGAACCACGUGGGCGCCACGACCGUCAAGCAAACGUAUGUGAGUCAGGUGGGAGUGGCGGGGUUAGGUGGAAGAUCCUCCCCUGUGGGUGGCACGACAGAUGGGUGUUGUCCAGCGCCCUCCAUUUGUGGAGGCGUGGGACCAGCUGGCGAUCCUCCGAGGGUAGUGUUACCCACCCACUCCACGACGCCUUCGCCUGCACUGUGGCAGAGGGCGGCCGCACGGGCGCCGAACGCCAGCACUUCUCCACCGGAAGAAAGUGGGAGGCAGGCGUGGGAGUCCUCUCGCCAACAGACGAACGGGGUGUCGCGGAUGCGUGUGGGGAGCGAUGCCGAUGCGGACGACACCCGGAGGGCGAGUGGUGACGAAUCUCCAGAUUCCCAUUGCGAGGAGGAAGCAGAAGAUGCAGAAGACUUGGAGAUUCGACCCGUUGGUAUGCGUGGUGGACGGAGGGGUGGAUGUGGACGUCAACAAAUGGCGGCGUCACGUGGUGGUCGUGGAUCGAAGGGUCCUGUGGGCGAGAAGGGCGGCAAACAUCCAGCUUGGAGUGUUGAGGAGAUGGUCAAGCUCGCUCGAGCGAAGCGGGAUCAGCAAGGCUUAGCUCAUUUCGAAGGAAUGCCGCACAACUACGGUCGCAUGUGCAACAGGGAAUGGAAGUUGCACGACCUGCAGAAGCGUUUGGUGGAGGUGGUCGUGAAGAGGACGACCGACAACAUCGGCAAGAAGUGGGAUAACGUCUUCCACCAGUAUAAGAAGGGCUUCAACUUCCGAAUGAACGAGCGAGUGUACCUUGAGAUCGACAACAUGUCUCAAGGCAAUAAGACCAUCUACCCGGAUAACCUCGCUGACACGAGCGCUCGGGGAGGAGUGCAGAUGUCGAGGGAUACUCAACGUCAGCCAUCCGUUGCAGGAGAGUCCUUUGCCGAGGGAGAUGUGGGUGAUGGCAACGACGAAGAUGGAGGGUCGGCAAGGGAGUCCGGGCUCAGUGCAAGCAACACGGGUGGCGCUGGUAAGAAAAAGAACAUGCGCCAACAAACGUUUGAUGCCAUUGCCGAAGUAAUGGAGAAGCACGGUGCAUUAAUGGCGGACACUGUAGAGGGGGCAAGCAAGCGGCAGUGUAGCAUCCUGGAGCGGCAAUGCGACAUACUCGAGCGCGAGGUCGAUGCCCAGAAGCGGCACUACGAGGCGUCCGACGAGGCGAACAGGAUGAUGUGCACUGCAUUGUUGGAGAUCGCUAAAGCAAUAAGGGAGAGGUCGUGGUGCCUUGACGGAUCGGAGGGCGAGAUGGGGGGUGAGGGGGGACAGGACGUGUCGCCAAUGGAUAUCCCUUCCACGGCCACGCCAACGCUCGGGUUCGGGAGCGACAGUGUGAGCAGCGAGCGGAUGAUUGCACUUGCCAACAUUGGUCUUCCAGAGAAUCCAGGGACUCCACGUGGCGGCGGGAGUGGAACCGUGCGUUCUCAAGGGAUUGUCAUCAAGGACACGGCACCGCAAAGGCCUGUUUGUUCAACGUCCACGAUCGUAUCCAUUGUCAAACACAUGGAUAAAGGACAAGUCGCUGGGUCUCCCUUGCACCACGUGGAUCCGUCGAACACGUUGAUGGUCGGGGGGUCGUCGAGGGUUAUUGCUCCUUUUGCACAAUCAGGAACCGCCAGUAUCCAUGCCACCGCCACUGUUGAAGGAAAAAGGCGAGAAGAUCGGAGGGUCGAAGAGGAGGGAAGGAAAGAGGAGAGGAGGGAUGACACUCCACGGGCGGACGACGAGGAAGACGAGUCUCUCAACUUGAGGAAGAAAAGAACGCGUCAGGAGGAAGAGUUGGAGGCGAAAUCCAAGCUCUGGGUAGACGGGAGGCGUUCUGGGGAAGCGGACCUGGUCGCAUGAUUGUGGACGUCGUGCAUGAUUGCGC